AUGGAUCCGAAUGCGGUGUUGCGUGCGGUUGAGCGCUGGAUCUCUGAGGGAAAUUCCGGGGGAGAUAGCGUCACCGAGGGAGACAGCGGAAGCGAGGGGGAGGAUGAGGGCAGGGAAGACGGGGUGCGCGGUGCUCUGGCAUCAACUAAGACGCUAUUGACCAGAAACAUAGAGCAGAGCCCGAGUGCGCACCUUGCGUGGGUCGCAGCCAGCCUGUGCAUCCAGAGGCUGGUCGAGAAAACCUGGCCCGGAUCUCAGGCCCCGGGGCUCGCGUACAUCGUGGCACGCAUUGGUUUCUACGACCGGCUGUCACAACUUACAUCCAACGCGCCACAGGGCGACGAAGAGGGGGACGGCCCCUUACGUGAGGGUCUUGUCGACCUGUACACAGCCGUACUUAGGCAGCUCAUUGUCGCCCUUGCCCUGGGCCAUGUGCCGCAUGCAACGCGCACACAGCAGCAGAAGGAGAAAAUGUUUGACCACCCGAACGUGGCUGUUGGUAGCGCGGGCCUGCAUCCCGUCAUCGCCCUCGAGUUAUCCCUGGGGCAGCAUGCCCGAGACAAGGCCCUGGAAGAGAGCAUCGCCCAGCUUGUCCGCCUACGGGUGCCGGAUUCGGUCGAGACAGCCAGCGACACGAUGAUCCAAGGGGAUGGCCGCGAGGGUGAUAGGGAACACAGCGAUACCAACGAUGAGUACGAUGUCAAUGAUACAGACGAGGAUGGCAAUGACGAGGAUUACAGAGAUCCCGACAACAAAACAUGCAGUGAUGACGCCCCUGGACACGACAAGAUCCAGGAAUCACUAUGUGUGGCUCCUGCAAGGCCGCCAUCGCUACGGGCGCUAUCACUGCUGCCGCUCGAUCUGUUGCAGGGGGUGUAUGAGAGCCUUUAUCACUGGGCGUGUGAACAGGACGCGUACCGGCGGUGGCGCAAGGCUUGUAGCGCCGGUGAUGCCGGCUCAGACGACCGCAUUCUCUGGCUCCACGGCCCCGAGGGCCCAUGCAUGACGAUGCUGCUCGACACGCUCGCCAAGGCGGAAACCGAGAAUGGGGCUGCCGAGGAGGAUGGCGGGCGGGCAUGGCACACCGUAGCACGCGCGUCCUGGGACUGGUUCCGGGAGGUGAACGGCACGUCUGUGGUGUCGGUCUUGCGCGACCUCGUAUGGGGCGUGCUGGCGGCCCAGCCGACGAUGCAGAAGCACCUGGGCGAGGCAGUGCGGGCGACAGGCCGGGGCCGGCUGUUGGGUGGCGGCGGCGACAACUCGGACGCGCGUUACGCCCUGCUGGGCACAUCUUGUGACUUUUAUGCCAUGCUGGCGCUGCUGUGCCGCAUCGUGGGCGACCCGGAGUUUGAGCCAACAUGUUUUGUCGUGGACUACAUGGGCGUCCUGUUGGAUGAUGACGACGGCCAUGUCGACGCCAGCACCGCGCAGAAGCGGGCUUGGACGCCUCGUGACCUCGUGGCACUUGUGCGCACAACAUGUGGCAUGUCUGACAAGGUGGCGUGGAUCAUGUCGUCGUCACCUUUGUCCCCUGUAACCAACGAUGUGAACGACGACGGCGGCUGCCACCUCCGAGUCCAAGUCUCGCCUCCGGACGACGUAGUUCGAGACCCAGGCGACAAAGCUGGGCCUGGUCCGAAGCCCGGGCUCAGCGAGAUCAUUAACGGUUAUGUCCGAGCCCUGUUACAGUCCCGGCCCGCCCCGACUUACACACCUGAUAUUCUGGAUCAGCUCGCCAGGGAGCUCACUCACCGGGCUGGCGGCAAUGUCGCCUGGUCCACACUUGUCGCUGAUGUCCUCGCCCAGGUCUGCCUGCCAUGGAACGCGAUUCACGUCCUGCAGCGCCUGCCUGACAGUAGCGAGGGCUUGGGCUCGCUUAUGAGCUGGAUCGUCCAGGACAACGUCAGCAGGAACAGUGAUGGUCACGGCCCAUUGGAUGCCAGCGUCAAGACGAUCGUGGAUGCCGUGUUAUACGUGGCCGCACUCGCGUUCCGGCCCUUGACUGUCCCAGAGAUGGCCGCACUCGCCGAGGUGCCGGCCACCAUGGAUGCUGCUGUUUUCAUCUCUGUCCUCGCACGGCCGCUGCUCGAGCUCCGGGACGGUGAGGAUGGCAGUGCCGAGGCGCAGAAAUACGUCUACUUUUUGAACCAGGCGGUCUUGUCGGCCCAGCGCGCACGCCUGGCCAAGACCACCGCAGCCCCCAACCUGCACGCCGACAUGGCCUGCCGCCACCUGCGCCAUCUCGCUUGUCACUACGGUGAUGCGGGCCGCGGGCAGGUCUCGCCGUAUAUGAAACUCGCGUGGCUGCGCCACCUCGACCGUGUGGACAUUGGCCGGACGGACGACCUGACGCUGACGGAUAAGGUGUGCAAGUUCGUCGAGAGGAACGCAGGUGUAUGGCUCCUCGACCUGGAAGGCCUCGGAAUCAUCACCGUAGCUAGGGGUAUCCUGCUGGAUCUGCUCCCGCCAGGCCGCCAACAGCUGUCGCCGAUACAGGCCGCGUUGGAGACAUUGCUGUCGCGCAUCGAGCGCCCGCAGGCGUUGAACAUGUCCCUGGCGGAUACGGAGCAUUUUCGGCGCAUAGCGGGCUGCAAUGCAGGCGAGCAGGACAACGGAGACGACUUACCUGUCCUACCGCAAACACCGGCCGUGCCGUUGCCCGACAGCCCCAAGAUGGCCGAGGCGGAAUCGUUGAUCGCCACGCUCGAGGGCCACACCGACUGGGUCCGCGACAUGCAGUGGGCCUAUGACGGCCGGCUUAUCGUCUCCAUCUCGGACGACGAUACGCUGCGGUGCUGGGACCGCGCAUCAUUCCGCUUGCAGCACGUCACGGAGCAUACACUUCCGGAUUAUCCGAGCCAACUUGCUGUCUCACGGAAGGAUACCGGCAUGAUUGUUGCCAUGGACAACCGGACCAUUGUACAGUUUGACCUCGCCAGUGGCGCCCUCGCCCCCAUCACGACAAAGUCUUGUUCCGACAUCAUUGCAGAGUGGCGGAAGAAACACAACGACGACGAUGACGACGAGGAGCUUACAUGGAUUUCCUACAUGCGCUUCGCCGAAGAUGCCUCAAACGACAUUACUUUGAAAUAUUCUGCCCUCGACCAUGCGCACGAAGUGGUCUUGGGCAUGCCGGGGUUGCAUUUUCAAAAGGCGCGGCGUGUUGCGCUCGGAUACAAGAACCUGCCUGCUGACCUGGCCGACGUGUUGUCCGAGUCCGAUUGCAAGCACGUCGUCAUGGCUGACAAUGUUGAACUGGCUGCCGUCGUCCGCAGCGACGGCGACGUGGUCAUCUACAACACUCGGCUGGCGGAGAAACAGCAGACGCUACACUGGGCCCAGAGCGAGCCCGCUGAAGUGCGUUAUAUUUCGCCCUCGCGCGUUUUUCUCGUCUCUUCCGCGGAGGACUACUCCUUCGCAAUGUUUCACUUCGUCAAAGAACGGGAAGAACAACACCAGCAAGGGCAGCCGGACCCCACAAAGCCUGCUUAUAAGCCCCUUAUUCGAUCGUACCGGCCACCGCAGGCGAAUAUGCUGUCGUAUGCCUUUUCGCAUGGCCGGGACGAGGUCGUGUUCACAUACAGAUCUGAACCAACUGCAAUUUGUAAGGUCGUUGAGACAGACGCCGACGGUGGCAGCAAUGCCGCGCGUGUCGACAGUACCUAUGAUUCGGAUGCCAGCAGCAUGAGGGGCAAGGCACCUGCAUCAGAGGCGUCGGAGCCGUUCACGUCCACACUUCUCUCUCACGGCGGCCUGCGGGUGGUCACGUCAAAUAACAAAGGCCAAGUCCAACUUUGGGAUCUUCCACGUGCAACAAUGGCCACCAGCGAGAGCGAGGCGGCAGAGAUCUCUGAGGCCACGCUGCGGCGUACCAUGGAGAGCACUGACUCUGAAAUCAACUGGCUCAGCUUUUCUAGCGACGAUGCCUGGCUUUUGACGUGCUACGAUAAUGGUGAGACGGACGUAUGGGACGUGGAAACAGGCGAGCGCGUCGCCUUCAUGGGUGGACAUAGCAGGUGGGUUCGCUUUGCAGCCUUUUCUUCCGCGGACGAUCUCGUGGCCACGGCAUCGUUCGACGGGCUCGUCCGUCUCUGGGACCUGAAGGCGUGCCGGCAAGCCUAUAAGGACACGAACGGGACCAUGGAUGGAUACUUCGUAGAGGAAGACAGCAUGUCCGAAGAUAACAAGUCCGAUCAGGAGGACGACAACAACAAAACGACACCUAUACCUAACCGAAUCUUCCUUACCAUGAAGGGUGCGGCCGAACGCACGCCGGGAACGGUUGCCUUCUCCCCUGACGGCCGCUUCCUCGUCACAUCCGGCCGCCCCGGCCAUAUCUGGGACAUUUCGCCGGAUCCCGCGUCCAACAACCUCCUCCCUACUGGACCGUUGGUGCCAUGUGCCACUCUGUGCUGGGAGGAUAUCACCACGCGGAAACGGAAGGGGGACAGGAAAAGCGACUCAGGAGGAAGCGGCAAUGAGGACGAGGACGAGGACGAAGACGACGACGACACCACGGAUUGCGAUGACGAUGAUGACACUAGCAAUACCACCGCCGGUGAUCUGGAUUGCUAUAGCUUUCGACGGCCGGCUCUUUUCCUGGACGCGCACGUCGAGCAUUCCCUCCUCGCCUUCACCCUCGUCCUCGAGCGGUGA